AUGGCAAACCCUAAAGUUUUCUUCGACAUGACUGUCGGUGGCCAACCCGCGGGACGCAUCACCUUCGAGCUCUUCGCCGAUGUUACUCCCAGAACCGCUGAGAAUUUCCGUGCUCUCUGCACCGGCGAGAAAGGAGUCGGUCGCAGCGGUAAGCCACUCCACUUCAAGGGAUCCUCCUUCCAUCGUGUGAUCCCUAACUUCAUGUGUCAGGGAGGUGACUUCACCGCCGGAAACGGCACCGGAGGAGAAUCGAUCUACGGUUCCAAGUUCGCUGACGAGAACUUCAUCAAGAAGCACACCGGUCCUGGAAUCUUAUCCAUGGCGAACGCCGGUCCCGGAACCAACGGAUCUCAGUUUUUCAUCUGCACUGCCAAGACCGAGUGGCUCGAUGGGAAACACGUUGUGUUCGGUCAAGUUAUCGAGGGAUUGAACGUUGUGAAGGAGAUCGAGAAGGUUGGAUCUGGCUCUGGCAAGACCUCGAAGCCUGUUGUGAUCGCCAAUUCUGGUCAACUCUCUUAG